GAGGCACAGCACGGAGCACCGAGAGCCGGCCGGCCCGGACCAUGGCGCGGGAGCUGAGCCAGGAGGCUGUGCUGGACUUUCUCUGGGCGGCCGGGGGGCGAGCCCCCAACUCGGCGCUGCUCCGCCACUUCCAGCGCUUCCUCCGCGACCCGGCGCUGACGGAGCAGCAGCGGCGGGAGCGCCGCGAGUACUUCAAGAGCCUUGUCAACUCUCUGGCCACCGUUCAUCCCGCCGCCGCCCCCGGCGCCUCCAAGGACAUCGUCCUCCGCCGCAGGUACCGCGACCUCCUCGAUGAGGAGCUGCCGCCGCCGGAGGAACAGCGGGAGGAGGCAAGGAAGGAGCCGGAGCCGCCGCCGCCCCGACGCGACCCCGACGGGCGGCGCGGCCCCCGCGGGGAGGCGGCGGAGCAGGGGCAGCCGCAGCCACCCCCGUACCGGACCCAGCCGCUGUCCUCGGGGCCCUGGGCGCUCCGUCCCGGCGGCACACUGCCCUCCCGGCCCCCGCUGCUGCCCUCGGCUCCUGGAGCGCUGGCCCCCGCUGCGCCGCCCCGGUCCCCAUCGCCGCCACUGCCUGCCGCCGGGCCGCCCCCUGCCACACCGUCCCGCUCCCGGUCCCCACGGCUGCCGUCGGGCCCGGGACUGCCUCAGCCCCGGUCGUCGCCGCAGCCCCCGACCGGGAUGCCCCUACUGAAGGCCCCAGCGCCCUCAGCAAGCCUGAGGGGGCGACCACCCAUGGGACCUUCCCAGUCCCCGCUGCUGUCAUCGGGCCCCAGGGCGCUGUCCCCCACCGAGCUGCCCCCAUCCCGGUCCCUGCCGUUGCUCUCCGCCCCGGGGGUGCUGCCCCUGUCCCGGUCCCUGCAGGCACUCCCUGCCAGCUCCUCCUCAUCCUCACAGCUUUUAUCAGGCCCAGAGGUGCUCCCCUCCACCAGGCUGCCCCCAUCACAGUCCAGGUCCCUGCAGCAGCUCCCCACCAGGCCAUCCCCAGCCCUGCCGAGGGGAUCCAGGGGGCUGACCCCGAACGGACCAACUCAGUCUCAAGUCCUGCUGCUGUACCCACGCCAAACCCUCACACUGCCGUCAGGUCCUGAGGUCCUACCCCCUACCAAGCUACCCCCAUCCCAAUCCUUGCCACACUCCCCCACUCAGCCAGCUCCAUCCCGCUCCCUGCAGUCACCCCCUUCCAGGCCACCUCCAUCCCAGUCCUUGCAGCCAGCACAGGGCCCCGCAGUGCCUCAAGCCCCAGAGAGCUGUCCCCCAGCACCGCUGCCUGUCUUCAGGAGCAUCAGGUGCCAGCUCGCUUUGUCGGAAGUGCAGAGCACUCCAUCGCUACCCGAGGACUGUGGGCGGCAGCCCCGCACCGCGCUCUCCAAGAGCUCCCCUAGGAAUGCCCUAAACCGGGGGCCGUCGGUGCCACUGGGACAGCGGGAGCACGCCUGGCUAGUGGCGAUGUCAGCGGGGUGCUGGGCACGGGUGCGGGGGCUCUUCCUGGAAGAGCCGGAGCUGGCCCUGCUGCGGGACUUCAUGUCAGGCUUUACGGUCCUCCACUGGCUGGCCAAGCAUGGUGACGGGCCCGGCCUGCAGGAGCUGGCGGCGGCGGCGCGGCAGGCGGGGCUGGCCCUGGACGUGGAUGCCCGCUCGGGCUGCGGGUACACGCCGCUGCACCUGGCUGCCAUACACGGCCACCAGCUUGUCAUCAAGGUGCUGGUGCUGCAGCUCGGCUGCCAGGUGCAGGUGCGGGACUGCAGCGGCCGCCGGCCCUGGGAGUACCUGGGCGGCUCCACCUCGGGGGAGAUCUGGCAGCUCCUGGAGGCACCCCGUGGCAUAAUUAUGUUCCCCACGCAGCCCCUGGCCCGCAGCGUGUCCUCUGUCAGCAAGGUCUCGCUGUCCACUGGCAGGGCAGCACUACCCUCCUGCCUCAAGGUGCAGCAUGGCCGUGGGGCGGCAGCCCACCGAUCCAGCAGCGAGAGUGACUGAGGGAUGGCUCCCUGGCAUCCCCUGCCAGAGGAGACGGGACCUUGGAGGCCCUCCUGCCAGAGGAAGGCACACAGGCAGAACUAAGCUGUGAAACAGACUGAACCUAUUGCAGAAUGUACUUUUAAAUUAUUCCAAUGAACCGUUGUCUAAGCCUCUUUGCCCUCCCUCCCAUUUCUUGCUUUUCUAGCUGUGAGAGGAUGCAGUAACUCUGUAGGAAGCUGGCAGAACCCUUGGGAAUCAAGUCCUCUGCAGCCCACAGGGCUGGCACCAGCUGUUGGGUGCAGCCAUGGUCACCAGUUAGUGGGACCAUGGGUCUGGGGUGAAGCUCAAGCCUGGCCCCAAGCAGGGUGGAGCGCUUGCUUUUGCUGACAGUGACAGAUUGUUGCUGGUCCUGGUGUUUGCAAAACACUUGUUUACACCACCUAAAUUCUGAUGAGUGGUAAAACUGCAUCCCUUUUUAAUCCCAGCAGAUUAAA